UACUAUUUUAGAAUAAUUUAGUAUAGGGGAAGAAUCUCUGGAAAUGAGACACAAAACCCAGAGGAGUUCUUCAGGGAUGCUGUGUUAAAGGGUACAGUAGGACAGAGACUGCACAUGAAGCCUAGGCAGAGAGAAGACCCCUUUGAACAGGACAGAGCUAUCCUGUCUGUUCUUGCUUGCUGUGUGUGCCAUAAUUUGCUCGUGAGACAUAUGGGAAAUAGAGCCCUGAAGCAAGUCAGUGCCAUCUGAUGGGAAAGAUAAGCCUGGGAACUAAGGUUCCUCUUUGGGUUUGCAUUGCAUUUGUCACUUCUUAAAUCUAGAGACAGGCUGUGAGUACUGGAAAUCACUGUGUCAAGGUAAAAUAGUGAUCCCGCUGAUGGCUUUAGUCAAUAUUUUGUUAGUGUUUAUUGGUGCUUUAUAAUACAUUUGCUGCAAACAUAAACUCCUGGCUAGAUUGUACCUUUUUUCCCCGCCGUUGUGUCUCUCCGAGGUGGAACAGACGCUACUGGUUUAGGUAAGGGACACAGCUGGAGUUUAGUCUUUCCGUGGCUUCUUUUCUUUAAACUGCUGCACUGCUGUGAGCUGAUCUUGAUGUCCUGUGCUUUUAGACAGACAAAAUUAGAUCUGAUGCCACUGUGCAUUUUCCAAUACAAGACUGACAAGGAAAUGCACCUGGACCUUCUCUGUCAAGCAGACAAAGUGGGAUGGACAUCCACUCCAAGGGAGCUGCUUGCUACCCUGAUCUGUGCCUGUGGGGAAGAGGGUAUCCUAUGACUGCUUUUCCUUCUUGGAGCAGAUCUGCUGCUGGAGGCUCAGCAGUGUACUGUGCCUUUUGUUUCCCUUUUGUCUCUUUCUCUAUUGCGUGGUACAUCACCUGAGUCCUCAUUAGGAGCAGUUGUUUGCUGACAGGCUGUAACAGAGUUCAGCAGCCCAGAAGCAAUGCAAGCAGGGUAGAAUCCUAGAUGCCUAUUUGCAGCCCCUUUUCUUGAGGGCUGCAUCUAGGACAGCACGAAGUAAAUUUCCUGCAUGAGAAAGAUUGCAUAUGAAAGGAGGGGAGUGCAGGAAGACUGCGGACCACGAGUUUAUCUUAUUUUUAUUUCAGUACUAAUUGCACCUGUACUGCUCUGUUGCAGCAGUAAUCUGAUAAAAGCAGAGAUCCUAGCCAUUUCCCUUUCUAGAUAAGCCUCUUCCAUUUAAAGAGUUAUUUUCUUUGCUCCACUUAGUUGAACACUGAAACUUCCAAAGUAAUUUUCUGGUCCUCAUUCUUUUCUGGAAGGAGGUAAAGUACUUCAUGAGGGCAGUUGCAAAGCUGAAGAAAAGGUUGGCACAGAUUGACAGAUAAGGGCUUGCUCUCCUUGCUAUGUUCAAUUAGUGAUUCUGUUUUUGCUUGUGUCUUUUUCACCAGUAAUUUUAUACAGGUCAUUACGUUACACAGUUCUUGAAUUUCUCAGUGUCUGUUUUAUUUAUGCAUCAAGGCAAUAGUAGGCCUAUUUCUUAUUGCUCUUAAUGAUCCUUCUUACUUGAAAAUUAAAGUGCUUUCCAGUAAUUAGUAAUCUUACAUAAUUGCUAGUUUUUGAGUGAGGGCAGGAAGCUUUGUUUCCUUCUUACAAAAAGAGCCACAAGUUUGAGUGAAUUAUUCACCCAUGUUUUGUGCACAGUCUGCUGCUGAAAUAGGAUUCUACUCCAAUUCAGUUCCAGCUUUACAGUGAACGUAUUACAGAGUAAGCUACUGCUGGUGGAUCUUCAGGGCUUGUGGUGCAUGUGAGCCCUUUGGUUUUCAUUUCACAUUGUUACGUGCAGUAUUUAUGCAGUCAUGCUGAACUCCAAAGCAGAAUUGAGCUCCCAGAGAACCUAAUGGCAGGAAAAGAAACCCCAGCUAUCAAGUUCCAGCAUCCUGGCAUUUGGAGUUUUGAGUCAGUCACAGGAUUCUGUUGAACGUGAAACACUUCAGUGGCUGCUUGCUUUAUUCAUGGAUUUCAUUGCAAAACCCUCAUCAAUGCAUGCACCUUCUUAGGCACUUUGCUGGCAUCUGACUUUCCCUGCCUCCCUAUAUUUUAAAGAUUUACUGAAGAGUUUAGAUUCUUCCUGCACAUUGCUAUUUUUGCUGUUAUUCACAACUCAUGGUGUUUGAUCAUGCCAUGUUUCAGUUCUUGCCUAGCUUAGCCCCCUUCUUGUCUGUCCACCCACAGCUUCACUGAAGGAGUACAAAAACUGCCAACUGUGAAACAACUGAGUUUCCUGAAGAUUACUUGGAUAUUUAUUAGAGUGGUGAGGCCCUGGCCUCCCUGGAGGUGCCCCAGGCCAGGUUGGAUGGGCCCUGGGAAGCCUGAGCUGGUGAGAGGCAGCCAGCCCAUGGCAGGGGUUGGGGCUGGGUGGUUUUUGAGGUCACUUCCAACCCAAGCUAUUCUAUGGUCUAUGGAAGGAGCAGAAUAAUCAGUUAAGUGCUUCAAGACUACCUGUGAUUUUGUCCGUGGAUCUGGUUGCUUCCAUGUGAUACUGUUAUUGCUUUCCCGUGUGGUUAUACUUUAAUACACUGACUAUAAAGUUUUACUGUAUGGUAUAUUUCCUCAUUCUAGUUGGUACUAAUCCUACACCAAAAAUGAAUGAGUACGUGUCAUGUAUCUUCACUAUCCUUCCAGAUAUCUCCAAUAUUGCUGAGAGUCUUCCUUAAUGGAAGAACAUAGAGAUCGAUAUUUGCCUGGAAUGGAUUUGAGUGUUCGAUACUGAGACAGGAAGAAGGAAAGCAGCCUGGUUUCACUGAGAGAGUUAGAGGGGAAAUUGGGCCACAGCUUCUGAUGGAUGUUAAUGGUUAGCACAGCUAGUUGUAUUUCAAGCUGUAACUGAUCUGGCUACUUAGAUUUGCUUUUUUUUCUGCUUAUUUUUGGGGUGUUAUAUAUCCUAUGUGAAAGAAGAGCCAUUUUCUCAAGAGCCGGAUCCGUUGACAAACUCUGCAUCAUAAAAUCAACUUAUUAUCCAUUUUGUGAAGUUACCAGAUCUAAACUUUCAAAACAUGAAAUGUGAAUCCGUUUAUUAAAAAAUUAGCUAAGACUGAACAGAAUUGGAGCCUUAAGAGGCACAGCUAUGAGGGAGGACUUCUGUGGCCACUGAUGUGAGCCUUUUGUAGUCUUGUUUCUCCUUCAGAUUCAGCUGUGUUGUUCUGCACGUGUGUAUGAAGCUGAUACAAGAUAUUCUGGUUAUUUGCCCAGAAAAGCUCUUCAGACAGAGCUGAGACUCAGCUCCAAGGGACCACAAUGAUUUUGAUGAAAUCUGCUUAACCUGCAGUUAGAAGGAGGUCUUUGUAUCAGAACAGAAUGCUUUGAAUUUUUUUUCUUAAAGUUCCUUUGCAUUAUUGUAUCACACACAGUGGGAUUUUAAAAGUAAAAAUGGAUCGCUUUGAUUUCAUUGACACAGACUGUUUGAAAUAGCUUAAAAAGAAGACUUUGCAGGAAAAAAAAAAGUUAAAUCUCAGUCAUUUUUGAAAUGUGACCAAAUUUUAAACUUUCAGAAUUCCCUGAGAAACUUACAUUCCCACAUUACUCCACACAAAUGCCAAAAUACAUUUGCAGAACUGCAACAGAUACUGUGAUAAAUGUAAUGAAACAGGAAAUACUGUCAUAGCAGGAAAACUAUAUCUGUGAAUUGCAUGUACCCGUAUACAGGUAUGGAGUCUCAUUUAUGACGACAGGAUCCUGCUGCCCUUAUUCAUCCCAGGAUCUGGCAGUUAUGCUCCCUUUUCUAGAUACUGGUUACUACUUCUAUCACAAUGGCAUUGCCAAGGCCAGAAGACGACGAAGUUUUCAACAUAAGCUUCAUCUGGAAAAGGAUUCCAGGGUCAAGAAGGCUGUGCAGCAGGAAGGUUUUAGCAGAAGAAAACGAGGAUAUAGAGACAUCAAUGACAUUGACAUCAACAUGAAUGAUCCUUUAUUUACAAAGCAGUGGUACUUGAUUAACACUGGUCAAGCAGAUGGGACACCUGGACUUGAUCUUAACGUAGCUGAGGCGUGGGAGCUGGGAUACACAGGGAAAGGAGUUACCAUAGGAAUUAUGGAUGAUGGAAUUGAUUAUCUGCAUCCUGAUCUUGCCUCCAAUUAUAAUGCCCAAGCUAGCUACGAUUUCAGCAGUAAUGAUCCCUACCCCUACCCCCGCUAUACAGAUGACUGGUUCAACAGCCAUGGGACCCGAUGUGCUGGAGAGGUGUCUGCAGCUGCCAACAACAACAUCUGUGGCGUGGGAGUCGCCUACAACUCCAAGGUGGCAGGUAUUCGGAUGCUCGACCAGCCAUUUAUGACAGACAUUAUUGAGGCUUCCUCUAUCAGUCAUAUGCCUCAGGUCAUAGAUAUCUACAGUGCCAGCUGGGGACCAACUGAUAAUGGAAAGACUGUGGAUGGACCUAGAGAGCUAACACUACAAGCGAUGGCGGACGGAGUGAACAAGGGCCGGGGAGGGAAAGGAAGCAUCUACGUCUGGGCUUCCGGAGAUGGGGGCAGCUACGAUGACUGCAACUGUGAUGGUUAUGCAUCAAGUAUGUGGACAAUUUCCAUCAAUUCUGCAAUAAAUGAUGGACGGACAGCUCUGUAUGAUGAAAGCUGCUCUUCAACCCUAGCCUCCACAUUCAGUAACGGGAGGAAGAGAAAUCCAGAGGCUGGUGUGGCUACAACAGACUUGUAUGGCAACUGCACCCUGCGUCACUCAGGAACGUCUGCAGCUGCCCCUGAAGCAGCAGGAGUGUUCGCCUUGGCCCUAGAGGCUAACUUGGAUCUAACCUGGAGAGACAUGCAGCAUCUGACAGUUCUCACCUCCAAAAGGAACCAACUUCAUGACGAAGUUCAUCGGUGGCGUAGGAAUGGUGUUGGGCUGGAAUUCAAUCAUUUAUUUGGCUAUGGUGUCCUAGAUGCAGGAGCAAUGGUUAAGAUGGCAAAAGACUGGAAGACUGUUCCUGAGAGAUUCCACUGCGUUGGGGGGUCAAUACAGGAACCUGAAAAGAUACCACCAAGUGGCAAGCUGGUCCUCACGCUUACAACUGAUGCUUGUGAAGGGAAGGAGAAUUUUGUACGUUACCUUGAACACGUCCAAGCAGUUAUAACUGUGAAUUCAACUCGGCGAGGAGACCUCAACAUCAACAUGACCUCGCCGAUGGGAACCAAGUCCAUCCUACUGAGCCGACGUCCAAGGGAUGAUGAUUCCAAGGUGGGUUUUGACAAAUGGCCUUUCAUGACCACACACACUUGGGGAGAAGACCCCCGAGGCACCUGGGUUCUAGAGAUUGGGUUUGUUGGCGGUGUGCCGCAGCGGGGUGUGUUGAAGGAGUGGACACUGAUGCUGCAUGGGACCCAGAGUGCACCAUACAUAGACCAAAUAGUAAAAGAUUAUCAGUCCAAACUGGCCAUGUCCAAGAAGGAAGAGCUGGAAGAAGAAUUAGAUGAAGCAGUGGAGAGAAGCCUGAAGAGUAUACUGAGCAAGAACUAGAGCUGUUCUGCAUGACAGUGUCUUUCCUUUCCCAGAUCGUUCUAUUCACCUUUCUACUAUCCAGACCUCUGUGUUAGACAUAUAACAAUGAUCGUCUCUGUAGCCAAAUGAUCACCUUCUUGAUUUUGAAGUCUUAAAUAUUGUCAAUAAUUAUUUUAAUCACCACCAAAGCAAUCAUUUUUUUACUCUGAACCACAAAUAUAUUGUCCCCCACCAAAUACUAUGUACAGUUUGUGACUGUAAAUGAUUUUUCUUUUGUGUCAUACAAAUAGGUAAUACCUGUAAACACGCUUAUAGCUAUUCCCUUCAUAUUUUUGUGGUAACUGUUGUUUGUAUUUAAAAAAAAAAAAAAAAAAGAGUGAAUUUUAAUAUUGGCUGUUGGUGAUAAUGGGUGCAUUUUAAAAAAUUAUUGUGAGAGAGGGAAUUUACAAAGAGGUUGGCUGGAGAGGUCUCUGAAUGUCUAACAGCUCCUUUUGAAUGAUAGGUUUUCUGUGGGACUUUCCCCACUGAGUUCAACUGAAAUAGCACUAGACCCUAGAAAAGGAGAUGAUCCAGAGAUGAAGAAAAAUUAUCAGUCCAAUUUUCAGAAACCAGUUUUAGAGUUUUCUUUAGUAUAUACACUUAGACAAUCUACCUGUUAACACUUCAGCCACAGAAUGGUUCUGCAACAAGCAUGCGAUUGGGAAGGCAAGGCAAUGCUAGAGCCAGGUGAUAAAGGGAAGUGCAUUGCAAACAGUCAGGGCAUUCUAGAAGCACAAAUUUCAGGGUGGUUUUUUUUUUUUUUUCUUUUUAAUGUUGUCAAUUUAAAUCAGUUUACCAUCUUGCAGUGGUAUGAGUACAUAGGGAAUGAUCUGUAGGAUUUCUUGCAACCUGUGUGCCAAAGUGCAUCUGCCCACUUCUAUACUUAACGCUCUAUACUACAGCAGCAGAAGAUGCAGCCGUGUCAGCAUUUCCGAUCUCAGACCCCUGUUUUCUGGGGUUUACAGCCUGGCUGUCAGCAAAUUGCUGUGGGAAAUAUGAAAAAUGCAGCUUGAGUCCCCAAACCAUUUUAAUUCAAAUUUCACUUUUAAAAAUAGAGAUUUGUUAUUUUUGUGUUAUACAAAUAUAUUUAAAGGAGAAAAAUAUGCCUAUGUAAUUUAUGUGUAAUGCAAUGUUGGCCUUCUUCGGAAAAUAAAAUAUAGUGCAUUUGGGAAGAUCUGUCAGUAAUUCUUGCUUUUGGUGUCAGUCCCACCUUCACCUUUCACACAUAAGUCAGUCUCUCCUGCCCUGGGGUCCGCUCUGGUUAUUGCCAGAUCACGCUCCCCUCCGUGUGGACUCCUCAAGGUAACAACCACUACAGGUUCCCAGGUAUGAGAGCCCAAACUGAACCUUUGAGAAAUAAAGGGUCUUGGUUCUGCAAGUACUCACAGUAAAAGCAGCAGACCUACUGAAGCACUGGUGUUAAUCAGGUGCUUAAGAUGUCUGCAGGAUCCAAGAUCCACUGCUCAGAGAUCCACUGUUUUAGCAGUGACUGGUUCCAGAGUUUUAUUAUGUAUUUUUAACGUACAGAGUAUUCAUCUAAAGUGUUUUACUAAGAAUUUUCCUGGUUAAUCAGAUGCCCAGUGGCAUAAACAUAGUAUGCAAAUAUUUAUCUAAUAAAUUAAAAAUGUAACCCAAAGGUUAUAUGGUACAUACGUUCACUUAAGAAUGUAUAAUUUCUUGUUACUUCAAGUGAAUAUCCUCCUUCUAUCCUUCCAUCAGGCCUGUUCUUUCCUUUCCAGAUGCAAAUGCAAAAUAAAGAGCUAAACCUACUCACAGUCUAUGUGAAUUAUAUUGUAAACCCUAGACAAGCAGCCUCGUGCUGUUUAGAGGUUCUGCACUACAUGCAGAGGCAGUAGGGUCACACCUGGAUAACACAGGUGUCAGAAGGACAAGAACCAGCCCCUGUGUGGUUUCUGUUUUUGAAGCACUAUUGGUUAUUCGUUCAGAUAUAUUACAGUGUCAGCUGUGUUUACUUUCAGAUUUAAGAAUUAAGCCAAGGACAAGGCAGGUCCACUUCAAACCAUGACCGUGAGGCAUAACCCAAAAGGCUUGGGGACAGGUUUGCUCAUGUCUGUUUGGAAUUGAAGGGCUCACAAUGACAGCAGGAGGUGUUCAGGGAAGGCACCGAGUUCUCAGAAAGAGCAGCAUAUGCAUACCAGAGGGAAGAAUUUACCACAUUUAUGCAUACUCCUGUAAGUCUAAUUGCACAGAACACCCCUGUGGUACCCCUCUGUAUUACAUACAAUAUGUACAGAGUAUGUUACAUACAUUUAGUAUGUUACAUACAUUUGGUCCCUGGAGGUGUUCAAGGCCAGGUUGGAUGGGGUCCUGGGCAACCUGGUCUAGUAAAUGGGGAGGUUGGUGGAGGUUGGUGGCCCUGCCUGGCAGGGGGACUGGAUAUUCAUGAUCCUUGAGGUCCCUUCCAUCCCAGGCCAUUCUGUGAUUCUGUGAUCUGUGAUACAUUUGCUUAUAAAUAUUGAAAGAAUACAAACGGUAUGUAAUGUAUAACACAUACACGCACCUCAUUACCUUUUGUGUGUGACAAAACUGGAAGAUAUUCAUGGCCUUCUGGAAUGUGGAAUAAGAAAAGUCCACGUGGAAAUCUUAGAUUAAUGUGUACAUCCCUUUCCAUUGCAUUCAUGUAAUUUUGCAAUUCUGUUCAAUCAUUAAAUAACUUAUUUAGCAGCAAAAUGCUAUGAUUGAUCAUAUUUUCCUAAUGUUGACAUAAAGUGAAAGAUCACAAUGAGUGAUAAACAGAAAUGGUGAGGUUUGCUAUGGGUACAUCUAAAGCUAUGUGUAUGUACAAUAUAGAGAUCUACUUCACAUUCUUCAGAAUUUUUGCAUCAUGGAAUCACUGAAAAAUAUGUCAAGAAGUUAGACUAAGUUUUUAUGAUACUGCUGAUGGGAAAUGAAGUUAAUUUGUUAGCGUUUAUAAUAAAGGUGAAAUUGACACUCUUGAAACAGGUGAAUAUUGUUUAACCAAAGCCCUGUGAUGAUGUUUUAUAAUCCAAGUGAAAUAAAGAGCUGUUGUAAAUUG